UUGUGCGAAAUGCAUUCCGGGCGUGCGAAUCGAGAUCGCUCGACAGCCGGUUUAUAUUUAUAGUUUAUUGUGAGCCUAAUAUGCCACAAUAUCUUUAAUAGAAAUUUGGGAACAACUUCAGUGCCGUUUCUGCAAUUUUCACCGUGAACGUGUUAUAGAAGGAACAUCGUUUGUUUGCAGAUUGCAACACUCUUCUUGAAGGAGAUAUCUUGCUAAUUUUUGCUAGUACCAGACAUAUAAACGAUACAGAAUGCUCACCGAACGAAUGUCCGCGGAGAACGUGGAAAAUUUUGUCCAUGAACAUCUGAAGGAAGAUUUGCGGGUGUAUGAAAAGCAAUUGAAGGAGCUGAACGGUGACAUUAUGGAAUACGUACAGUUGAAGCACAUGAUUGAAACUAUCCUAGGCCAAGACCGUAGUGCAGGAUUCAAGACACAGGUUAACAUCGGUGGCAACAUGUUCAUGAAGGCCCGGGCAGACAACGUUGAUCGCAUUUUGGUAGACAUUGGACUGAAGGUUUACGUGGAGUUUAAAAUCGAGGAAGCUUUGCGGUUUGUGGAAAUGAAAAUUAAAGUGCUAACGAAACAAGCCGACGUUGUGCGGGACAAAAGCAUCGAAACAAAGGCGAAUAUCAAGCUGGCAUUGCUUGUGAUAGGAGACUCACAGCGACUGCACACAAUCCAUGACGAUCGAUGAUGAUGCGAGAAUUGGGGCGAAGAUGAAGGAUGAAGUUACAAAUUAUAUUGUUAAACAUAGCAAAUGAAGCGUUCGGGUUUCCGCAUUUAUUUACACAGUGGAAGAAAAGAAAAGAAAUGUACGAAA